GCUCUGCUGUGUGAGGUGGGGAAGGGAGGGGCAAUGUGGCUGAGGCUUCCUGGACUCCGCUCCUUGGAGCUGCGCUUCGGACUCAGAGCGGCUCCCCGGCGCCGGCAGCAACAGCAGCUUUUAUUAUUGAAGAGGAAGUUCAGCAAAAGCAUGGAGGAAGAGGCAAAAAGGAAAGCUGGCUACAUGGCUGUGGAUAAUCACGUGCAAAACAAUCAAGCAUUGGGGAUUGGAAGUGGAUCAACGAUCGUGUAUGCUGUGGACAGAAUAGCUAAACGGGUUCAAGAUGAAAAUCUGAAAAUAGUCUGUGUACCUACCUCAUUCCAGGCUCGUCAGCUAAUCCUACAGCAUCAGUUGACUCUCAGUGACCUGGACAGACACCCGGAGCUCGAUGUUGCUAUUGAUGGUGCAGAUGAAGUGGAUUGUGACCUGAACUUAAUCAAAGGUGGAGGAGGAUGCUUGACUCAGGAGAAGAUUGUUGCUGGCUGUGCCAAGAGGUUCAUUGUGGUUGCAGAUUACAGGAAGGAUUCCAAAAGCCUUGGUGAAAAAUGGAAAAAAGGCGUUCCGAUUGAAGUCAUCCCGAUGGCUUAUGUGCCAGUAACCAAGGCAAUUGCUGCUAAAUUUGGUGGGGAAGCAGAAUUGCGAAUGGCUGUCAGUAAAGCUGGACCAGUGGUGACAGAUAAUGGGAAUUUCAUUCUGGACUGGAAGUUUAAUAAUGUCUCUGACUGGAGAAAGGUGAAUGUUGGCAUUAAAAUGAUUCCAGGAGUGGUCGAGACGGGGUUAUUCAUCGGCAUGGCAGAAAGGGUGUACUUUGGCUUGGAAGAUGGAUCUGUCUGUUUCCGAGACAGAGACUCUCAGUGAUGAGUGAGGGGAGCUGGGGCUUCCUGUACUUGCGAAGAUCACCUUGCCUUAAAUCAAUUGUUCUGCCAAAUACCUUAUUAACACUUUUUUAAACAGAAAAAUAUUGUUCUAUUAUUUGUUUUUAUAUUAAAGAAAACUGGCUUGGGUCAUGUAAUGAAUAAUAUCUGCCUUUAUAUUUGAAGGAUGAGGAAUUGGUUAUGGUUCAGGCAUUAUACCAAUUCCUGGCAGCUCUCCUUGAAGUGACCAGGCAGUUAACUUCUUGACUGUGAAAUCCAGAGUCCAAAUAGGUUUUCCCUUGCUUUUGACUAUAUCAUUAUGGAAUAAUUGGUUCAGAUAUUAACUGUACGUGAAGUACAGUGAACUGUGUAUGGGUCUGUGCACCUCUAGCAACCUGUUUCAAGCUCUACUCACAAAUCAAGGUUACUGGGUGGGCCAGGAAGGUGAUCGUGUGUUGGUGGUGGGGAGAUAUGGGACUAGACUCUUUAACUUUUGUUGUGGUCCUCCAUUCUCCGUGAUCUCCCUGACUAUCUGGGCAAUUCUGUACAUCAUCACCUCCAUACAAGAGUCUGAAGAAUGGGAAGUUAAUCUAUUUUCUUCAUGUAAGAGAGGGAUUCUGAUAAUGGGGCGACAACCUUAGUUCCUCCUCGUCCCAUGAAGUUAUUUGGUAUCCUUCCACUGAAUGUGGGCAUUAUUGGCAUGGCCAGUAUCUAUGACCCAUCUCUCAUGGCCCUUGAGAAGAUGGUGGUUAGCUGCUGCAUUGGACAAUAACUGCAUGUGAAGUAUGUACACCCACAGUGCUGUUAGAAAAUGUGCACUCCAAUCCAGUAAAAGCCCAGGUGCACACUUGCAUGUUUGGCAUCAGCAUUUGCUGGUCCUUUGAUUGGUUUGAUGCUUUCAGACAUUGAUGGGAAUUUCUACUAUUAUCCCUGAGCCGAAUCAAGUUGCUUGGUCAUGUGACUGCCUUAAAGCGCCAAUCACCUUAGUGCUCUAUGUGAAACACUGUGUUGCAACACUUGGCCUAGAACAACUUUAUGAUUGGUGUGUUCUCUGAGGUUUCACAUUUUACCAAGUAAUUUUAAAAAAAUAUAUAUGCACAUAUGUUAUCUUAGAGUUCUACAUCUUUUUGUGGCAAUUUGCAUGGAUAUUUUAUUUUGGUGCAACACUUUUAACUGGAUAGGCAAAUAUAUUGUUUAUACGUCAAAUAAAAAGAAUAUGAUCCUGUUCACCUGGUA